AUGACCCCAUUGAUGUUCCCAACCUCUAGAGAAGGAGACUUCAAGUUUCUAACCACUGCCAACACAAACCAAUCUCAUCAAGAUAAUGGCCCUUACAACAAUCUCGACACUUUGUCAGCCACAUCAAUCAUAAACAAUCAUCAUCAUCAUCAUGAUAAUGAUCCCCAAUGGCCAUCACUACCAGAUCUCCCAGCGAGUACCAUUUCCACUUUUCACGAAGCCCUUCAAGAUUACGAUGAUGGUAAUAAACUCAACGUCUUUGUAACACCAUAUAACGACAAUGGUGAUCCUCCUCGGAGCAUUCCUUUGGUGACCACAAAGUUAUUAUGUGGACAAGUUCUUGAAGGCAAAGUAUUAUCCUCAUCCUCUCCAAGUUCACAAGACCACGGCCUUCUUCUCCCCACCACGUACAACUUGCAAAUGCCUGGUGAUCAUCAUCGAGUGGACUCAUACAUCAAUCACAUGAUCAUACCAUCAUCAUCAUCCUCAUCAUCGCCAAUCUCUUGUGGGCAGUACGUCAUCACUUAA